GACCCUGGAAGAAGAGAAAAAACAAAGCUCCUUUUGCAAAACGAUACAUAGCAGCAGGCUAGGCGAACAGUGGAGGACGUUGUUAGAAGCUGUGCCGCUGUGUACAAAGAAAAUUCCAUCACAAUGCACCCUGAGGCUUUUCGGUUGACAUUAAAACAGUUUCGAUCCGUGGGAGAGAACCCGAUUCGUGCUGUUUCUAACUUUUAAAAGCAUAUUUCUAAUCGAAUAAAAGAAACCUACCGCAUAAAACUUAAUAAAAAGGAAGCGAUUGUAAAUCAGAAUAAUCGGGACCGAGAUUCAAGUGACGAUUGUUGUGUCGUGUACACAAUUAAAGCUGCUGUAAAUGCCCUUUUGCACGUGGCGUGCUUUUGUAAGCUCUGCUGCAAGUAAAAACAUUUUGGAAGUGUUCGACAAGUGCAUAUGCAAUUUCGCCGGUGAACAACAGUGGUGUGAAUAAAUUUAAAUUGGUGCAGAAAAGAAAAAGAAAAACGAUAUCGGGCGUUUGUGUGUGUGUGGCCGGUAAAACGGAAGGGUAGUGAAAACUCCGCGAAAUCGUGAAACCAUCGUACCAUCGAUGUGUGGUGGUUGCACGAAUGAUUGAGCAAUUUGCCUGCGGAGAGAUCAUUGUCUGUAUCGGGUGGUGAUAGACGGAGCCCGGUUGCAGCUUCCAAACGAGCGGGAACACACCGAACCGCCGCGAAGCAACGAACCGUGAAGGAGGAGGGCACCCGUGUGUGGAGAGAUUUCGUGCGGCGCCCAAGAACGACCACGAACGGCGUGUGUGUGUUUUUCUUUUUGCGUGUGCACACGAACACCGGAUUUGUGGUGGUGGUGCAGCUUCUGCAAAUACGAUGAGUACGGAACAUCCGGCAGCGAGUGAGCUGCUGGCCAAUGCUACCGCUGCCACGGCCGCCGCCGUCAGCAGCACGGCCAAGGCGAACAUUGCCGUGCGUAUGACGGAGGCCCCAGCCUCGGCCCUAGCGAUCGAUCCCAUCAUCAACCAUGUCGGUGACGGCAUUUUCCUGCAGGCCAAGACGGCCCAAAUCUUUGCCGGUAUCUGCGUCUGGAUGGCACUGUUCAUCACUUGUCAGCAGAUCUAUCAACACCUUCGAUGGUACACGAACCCACAGGAACAGCGAUGGAUCGUCCGAAUACUGUUCAUCGUGCCGAUCUAUGCCACGUACUCCUGGGUCAGCUUACUGUUCUUCAACUCGGAAAGCGUCUAUGUAUACUUCUUUACCGUACGCGAUUGUUAUGAAGCGUUCGUAAUCUACAACUUCCUUUCGCUGUGCUAUGAGUACCUGGGUGGUGAAGGCAACAUUAUGUCGGAGAUCCGUGGCAAACCGAUCAAAUCGUCCUGCCUGUACGGAACGUGCUGCCUAGCGGGCAAAACGUACACGAUCGGAUUCCUGCGAUUCUGCAAACAGGCGACGCUACAGUUCUGUCUGGUUAAACCAUUGAUGGCGUUUAUUAUCAUCUUUCUGCAGGCAUUCAAUCACUAUCACGAUGGUGACUGGAGUGCUGAUGGUGGCUACAUUUACAUCACCGUCAUUUACAACAUCUCGGUUUCGCUGGCACUGUACGGGCUGUACCUGUUUUACUUUGCCACCCGCGACCUGCUGACGCCCUUCGAUCCCGUGCUGAAGUUCUGUACCGUAAAAUCUGUUAUCUUCCUGUCCUUCUGGCAAGGUGUUGGGCUGGCCAUUCUGGAAAAGGCGGAGGUCAUCUCACCAAUCGUCGAUGCCGGUGGUUCCACCACGUCCGCUGGUACGGUUUCCGCCGGUUAUCAGAACUUUUUCAUCUGCAUCGAAAUGUUGUUUGCUGCCAUCGCCCUGCGGUAUGCUUUCCCGUACCAGGUGUACGCCCAAAGCUGCAUGACCGAUGCACACGGCCGAUCUGUCACGAUGCAAUCAAUUUCAAGCAGCUUAAAGGAAACGAUGAACCCGAAAGAUAUUAUGACCGAUGCGAUACACAACUUCCAUCCGCAGUAUCAACAGUACACACAGUACAGCUCAGGUGGUAAAAAUCCACGAGGCAUUCGCGUUUCCUCCUACGACCCGGACGAUCCAAGCCAUCAGCUGACCGGGCACGGUCAGAGCCACGGUGUGGGAAGCGGAGCAACGACCGGAUCUUACAACGGUAAUGGUGCAGGCGCUGGUGGCGGUGGACACGGUGGUAGCUACAUUGCGCCACCGACGCUUGGCAGUCAGCGAAAGUUUAUGCCCGGUGCCAGUGUCGUACCGCAAAAGGUAUCGACCAUCAGCCAAAAUUACAAUGAGAAAACGAUGUUACUGUCCAGCGAUGACGAGUAUCAGUAAAGGAACAAGUGGAGAAAAAUAUUAAUGUAAUGUAAACCAUUGAAGAACUAUCGUUUACUUAGUUCUUCGUUCAAGGUUAUGUUGUAAGCUUCGAUCGUAUUUGUGUGUCGGGAUGUGGUUUUAGUUGUUUUUUCUUAUUUGUGUCUUCUAACGCGACAUGUACCCGUUACGUCUUGAGCUCUAGCAUGCACAUUCUUUCUUCUCUUAUUCGUAAUGUAUUUCUCCACCUGUAAAUGAAACAAAACAAGAAACAACAACCGUAACGGAGAAUAUAGCUCCGACAUUCCGGAGCAAAUCAAUUCACGCUUAAAAUAAAUAGUGCGUUUAAAUCAAAAAUCAACACAGAUAGAAGAAGAAACAACAGCAGCAGUACUGAAAAACGAUAUGAAAAAAAAACAACACAAAAAAGCCGCAGCUAAUGGUUCUUGCAGUAACAACACAUUUCUAGUAAAUGGCUAUAUUGCUAAAAAAAACCUACACAGAAGGAGGAAAACAAAAACAGUACAAUAAUCCUGCCAUGGUUUGUGACACUACAGAACAAAAUGGACACAAUAUGUACUUUACACCACAACAAAAUAGAGGCAAGACACCCAGAGAAGGAAAGGGUGCACAAUCUAGUACUAACGAUUCCGUCACUGUUGCAUUGAUACUAAUUCGUGUUAUGCACUGAAUUCGCCAGCAGCAAGAAUGAUGCAGUGAAAAAAUAUGUCAAUAUUUGUGAAAUGAUUGUUUUGUCUUAUUAAAACCAAUCAUCCAGAUCCAUUUUCUAUCUCAGGCAGAGAGUAGAAGAGACGAAUCGUGCAGCUUUAAGUGCAGGGGAAGACCAUGGCAAUUACGGUUCGGAACCCAUUCUCAUACCCAUCCGCCACAUCGUGUAAUGUGCAAAAUGCAGCAGCAAGAAGCUAUAGACUUUGCGAUCUAAUCGAUGUUUAUGUGUUUUUUUCUCUGACACAAAAGGAUAGGCACAGGAGCAGCAUCAUCGUGGUGGUUAAGGCUCCAUUCGCUCCCGAGUAUAUAUCUUCGACACCGCGCAUAUGUUUGCCGCAAAAAACGCACGUGGCAAUAUUGUUGUUAACAUAUACAAAUACACGUCUAGUGGAAAAUACAAGGAAUAUGAUGCUUUUCCUGUUGAAGAUGAAACAAAAAGGAGCGAGUUAAACAAAAAAUACACAUAUACUUUUAACAAACCAGCCAACAACAACACAACAAAACUGAAUGGGACAACGUACUGGUGUAGAAAGGGAAACUAGUUAGUGUGCUUUAUAAUAUAUAUAUAUAUAUAU